AUGUGGAUCUUCUAUGGCCUCCCCGUUGUUCAUCCACAUAGUCUUCUCAUUGUCACAGUUAACAGUGCUGGUGUAAUAAUUAACGUCACCUUCUGCUCCAUCUUUUUCCGUUAUUCAGCAUGGCCUAUUCGUAAAAAGAUGAUUAUUGUUUUCAUUUUGGAGGCGAUUUUUAUAGCAGGAAUGGUAGCUGUUGCUUUGACACUAGAACACACACACCCUGCGAGAUCUAUGCUUGUAGGCAUACUUUGUGUCAUCAUGAAUAUUGUUAUGUAUGCAUCUCCAUUAACAGUUGUGAAAACCGUGAUCAAGACGAAGAGUGUCAAGUACAUGCCAAUUUUUUUGUCGAUUGGUAAUCUUUUAAACGGAUCUAUUUGGAUCGUUUACGCUGCCCUUGAUUUCGAUCCUUACAUCAUGGUUCCUAAUGUUUUGGGGGCAAUUUCGGGAAUGAUUCAAGUCGGAUUAUAUGUAAAGUACAACAAAACAACCAAUUGGGAUGAGGAAGAAGAACCACCUAAUGAGGUUGAAAUGCCUCCAUCUGCUUCCAAUGCAUAA